AUGGUGCCUUUCCAAGAAACCCAAUGCGGUUGCACAGCCAACUACUUGGGUCCUUCCCUUCUAGACGUAUGUGCAGGAAGUGCUUUCCUAGUGUUCAUGACUCUGGUAGAAAGCGUCAUAAGAGACACCUGUACUAUCUCCGAAAUCUGCGAGCGUAUAACACCAACCCUGAUCCCCGAAGAAGAAUAUGACUUCGUCGUGAUCGGAGGAGGAAGCGGUGGAGCUGCGGUAGCAGGAAGAUUGUCAGAAGUUUCUGAUUGGAAGGUAUUGCUGAUAGAAGCAGGGAUAGACGAACCUCCCGCUACUCAGGUACCCAUGUACAUGAUGAUCUUCAGCAACGACCAGUUCUCUGACUGGCACUACAAGACCGAACCGGAACCACAAGCUUGUCUAGGUAACGAAGAUCAAAGAUGUUCUUGGCCUAGGAGUAAAAUACUCGGAGGAUGCAGCGUCAUUAACGGUAUGAUGCAUACAAGAGGUACUCCUGCUGAUUUUGACAGUUGGACCGCUGCUGGGAAUGAAGGAUGGAGCUACGAAGAUGUCUUACCGUGGUAUAAGUACUUUGAAAACAAUCUUCAGGUUGGCACGCUUGUUGAUUCAAAAUAUCAUGGAACUGGAGGAGCUGUAACAGUGUCUAGGUUCAACAACCAGCCCGACUUGGCCUGGGAUAUCUUGAAGGCCGCUGAAGAAGUUGGACUACCUCUGUCGGAUGAUGUUGAUGGGGAGAAACCUACUGGUUUCGCUAUUGCACAGGCGGUUAAUAA